AUGUGGCAAGAUGCAAGAUCAAAAGGAAAGUCUAAAAUAAUUUGCAACCGUAUCAGUGCUGCUGCAUUAUACAUGUUACUUUUUACCAAGUGGAAAACCCAUUGUAACGAGAGACUUUCUGUUGUUGCAGGAGUAUUGCUGCCUGUGGCCAGGUCCUCGGCCAGCAUCCUCCCUGGAGGCGUCACAGAGCAGGCUAUGAGUGACAAUACCCACCGUGCUUCUCUGGUGCAAGCCGCCUACAAGAACAGCCUGCCUGUCUACGCGCAGUCUGGGUUGGUGGGGGACGCGGAGGGUGAAGACCUAGCCACCACAGCUGACGGAGGAGUCUCCUGUCCGCCCGGGAUGUGGUGUUCGAACGGAUCACGAUGUGUUCCCCAGAACGCCACGUGCUCCGGUCUUGCUGAGUGCCCAGACGAGUCGAACGAGGCCGUCACUCUAUGCGGUUGCCUCCCGGAUGAGUACCAGUGUCGGAACACCUGCAUCGACGCCCUCAAGAGGUGUGACACCGAGAGCAACUGUGAUGGAGGCGAGGACGAGCAGCACUGUGAGACGUGGGUGUGUCCAGCCUCCCACUACAAAUGCACCAACGGCCUGUGUGUCCCCUCCUACGCUGUCUGUAACUUCGUCGACGACUGUCACGACAACUCCGACGAGCAACAGUGUCACUACCGCAAGUGUUUCUACGGGGAGUUCCGGUGCGCCAACGGCGAGUGUGUCCGCCCCGGGCUGGUCUGUGACGGACACAAGGACUGCAUUGAUGGCACUGACGAGACCCAGUGCCAGCCAGAGGACUUCGUCGUGUGCGCCUCCAGGAGACGGGUCCACAGAUUCUUCUGGUGUGAUGGCUGGCCUGACUGUGCCGACACCCACGCUGACGAGCUGAACUGUGGGGAGUGCGAGGAGCAUCAGUUCCGGUGCCCCGACAGUCAGUGCGUGUCGGCGGGCAACGUCUGCGACUCCCAGUGUGACUGUACUGACUGUGCCGACGAGAGAGACUGCGGCCGCUUCUAUACCAGAGUCUCCGGUGUGGCGGUGUGUGAGGUCGGGCAGGCCAUCACGUGUGUGGUGUCGGCCAACCAGCGCCACAAGGACAGGUGUGUGGCCGCCGACCGUCUCUGUGACGGAUUCAACCACUGUCACAACGGCGACCAGCUUUCUGAUGAGACGGGGUGCGCCCUCAUUGACGAUGAGCGUGAGGCGUGCAGGGGGGCGGGGCAGGAGGGGGCGUGGUUCACCUGCUCUGAUGGGCGGUGUCUCCCUGCCAGACUUCGCUGUGAUCGCAAGAUGGACUGUCUUAAAGGCGAAGACGAGUCUGACUGUGUGACGGUGGAGUGUGCGGCGGGAGAGUGGCAAUGCGUCAGUGGGCAGUGCAUCUCCGAGGCUUUGCGCUGCGAUCUCCACUUCGACUGCUACGACAAGACCGAUGAACUCAACUGCAGUAGUGACCAGUGCGGGUCAGGUCAGGCCAAGUGCCACACCGGCCAGUGUCUGCCACUCAGCUACUGGUGUGACCACAUCCCUGACUGUCCAGACCAGUCCGACGAGCUCUACUGUGGUGAAAAAGGUUCAGAGUGCGGCCCCGAAGAGUUCUUGUGUGCGAGUGGGCGUCAGUGUAUCCCCAUGGCGGACAACUGUAUAGUGCCCACUGACCGCCACCACGGGUGUGCUGAUGGCUCCCACCUGCACCACUGUAAGCCGGUGAAGUGCCCAGCUGGAAUGUUCAAGUGCCGCUCUGGACCGUGCCUGGACGCCGCCCGUCAGUGUGACGGGAACAUUGACUGUCCCGAGACCUGGGACGACGAAGACUUCUGUCCGUUUCAGUGCUCGAGGAAGGUGCCAGAGUGCCAGUGCUACCACCUGGAGGCCAACUGCUCAGGCCUCGCACUCAAGUACUUCCCAGACAUUGAGGACAACAUCAAUCGCCUCAUCUUGGCGAACAACAACCUCAGCGUGACCCUACAGGAGAUGCCCAUCGAAGGCCACGACAACAUAGUCUACCUCGACCUGUCAAGGAACAAUAUCCAACACCUCAAGAACGGGACGUUCAGGCACCUGUGGAGGCUCCGUAUUCUCCUUCUUAGCGACAACAACAUCACUGCCCUAACGGAGGGCGCCUUCCUCGGCCUCCACAACCUUCGCACCCUGCAUCUGAAUGGUAACCUGAUUGGCUCCCUCGGCAGCCUGGCCUUCUACGGCCUGGGCGCUCUCCCUAUACUGGACCUCAGCCACCAGCUACUGAGCCGUGUGUUUCCAGGGGCGUUUGUGGGACUCCGGAACCUCACCACACUAACUCUCUCCCACAACCAGCUGACGGUCCUGGACGACGCAGCCUUCACUGGCCUUCGCAAUCUCAAGAAACUAGACGUGACCCACAAUGCUAUUGUGACCCUCAGUGACAAGCUGCUUCACCAUAUACCUGGCCUUACCCACCUGGAGACGGACGAGUGGCGGCUGUGCUGCCUGGCCCGGCACGUCGAGAAAUGCCUGCCGGUCGCUGACGAGUUCUCCUCGUGCGAGGACCUCAUGUCCAACCUGGUCCUGCGGGUGUGUAUCUGGAUCCUCGGCUUCGUGGCUCUCCUCGGCAACUCCUUCGUCAUCAUCUGGAGGAGCGUGUACUCCAGCGGCAACAAGAUGCACUCAUUCCUCAUCGUGAACCUGGGCGUGGGCGACCUCCUGAUGGGGGUGUACCUGUUGAUCGUGGCGGCGGUCGACCUCCAGUACCGCGGAGUCUAUGCCGCCUAUGAGCUCUCCUGGAGGACCUCUUCCCUCUGCCAGCUGGCUGGCUUCAUCAGCACCUUCUCCUCCGAACUCUCCGUCUUCACUCUCACGGUCAUUACCGUGGACCGCCUCAUCGUUAUCAAGUUCCCCUUCGGCGUGAGGCGGAAGGAAGGCAGUGUUAUCAGGAUGGUGAUGGCAGGGGUGUGGCUGGUGGUGGGUCUCCUGGCUGCCCUUCCUCUCACUCGCCUCCAGUACUUCAGCAACUUCUACGGUCGCUCGGGAGUGUGUCUGGCGCUGCACAUCACCAACGAGAAGCCCAGCGGCUGGGAGUACGCCGUUGUCGUAUUCCUCGUUGUGAACUUGGUGUCGUUUGGAGUGAUGGCCGUGAGCUACGUGCUGAUGUACGUGGCUGCCCGGGACACGCACUCUGCGGCACGCACGGACACGGACGCCCGUAACGGCCACGGCGCCAUGGCCAAGAGGAUGUCACUGAUUGUGGCUACGGACGCCGCCUGCUGGCUCCCUAUAAUCUUCCUAGGCAUCGCCUCCCUGUGUGGUGUCACCAUCCCUCCCAGGGUGUUCUCAUGGAUCGCUGUGUUCGUGUUGCCGCUGAACGCCGCCAUCAACCCCGUGCUCUACACACUCUCAACAACGCCCGUCAGGAAGAAACUCUCACACCUGCGUCAGACUGUCAGCAGCAGGAACACGCUGUCAGCGUCAGCGAUGUCAGGGAGUCGUGUGGCGUCGUUGUACAAGGUCCGGGGGUCCACGGACGUCACGGACAUCGUCCGGCAAGGCGACACUAAUGGUCGCUCCUCCGUCGCCACGUCUCCGACGUCAGUGUUCACGACGUCCACCUCACUCUCCCCAGAGGCUAUCCCGUACGUGUUUACGUCUCCAGAGGUCGAACCUCAAGAGGUGGUUCCCAACGGCCCGGGGUCAUCUCUUCUGCUGUCUGUGAGCGGCGCGGCGGAGAGAGUUCCCGUCAGUCUUUGUCCUCAUGAUUCACUCUCUGCACAAGAAUGUCACCAGAGUCAAGGUCCCAGGGGGCUGGAAUUCGUGCCCCUUGAGGAGCUGGCAAUCACCCUCCCUGGGGCCAAGAAGGCCUCGAGCCGCAAGAUAAAUCGCAGAAAAAAUCCCUCGGACAAUCGAUACGACUAGAUAGUUACCUAGAUGGCACCUUGUCAAUUGUAUCAAAUGAGUAUGUUUGUGUGUAUUCAAUAUAUGUAUUUGUUUAUAUUUUCUAGUGACUGCAUUGUGUAAUUACUUAAUGUCAUUGAUCGCACAGUCAAGUCAAUAUAUAUGUAAAGUGUUUUCGGUUUCAAUAUUGAAGACAAUACAAUGGGCAUAACUGACAGUGGUGUAAUUAACACGGAAUGUCAUUCCCUACUCAGGUAGGUCUUCAACCUGACAAGGUCACUCAACCAUCGCUCGACGUAGGUCCAUUACCUGGUCACUCCUUCCUUCAAUCGGUUUUCGAGAGGUAGGGUAUCAUAUUUCUCAGAAGUGCUAAAUUAGUAUGAUUCUACAGCAGCACUAGGAAGGAAUAUGUGGAGAGAAUAAGCCAUGGAACCGAGUCAUGCUUCCCGUUCUCAAUACCUUCUUAUAAUAGUAUCAGGAUAUAGCCGUAAUACAUAAAUAUGUAUGAUAUCUUUAUCGAAUUAAAAUUUAAGGAAACUUUUUCACCUGGUGUAUAUUUCAGAUUUUAAUAUUCUGUAAAUUUAGCUCUUUAUCCACUUCCUAAAGUGCACUGUUGUAUCUUAUCACAAUAACACAGUGGAGAAGGUUAUGUAUGGUCACAGAUCUACCAGAUAUAAUAAGCUAGUUUCACGAACUUUAAAAUUAAUAUAAUUCUGCCUCUUCCAUGACUUCCUUAGAGACAGUAUAUAGAAAUAGGAAUAUUUUCUUAUCCUCAUCAACUUAGAUUUUAUAUAUAUGAAUAUAUAAAUA